GUGGAAUCGAUCUUCGCUGUUUUACCGAAUCGCGGAAUCGCCAGGGAGUCGCUGGCGUUGAGAGAGGGGGGCCCUCAUUUACGCCAUGGCCUUUCACUACCCCCGUGCGGCCCCCUCGCUCCGUGUGACCCCCUCGCUGGAUCUCUGCCUCCUCCUGCUCCUCGUGGUUCCCUGCGUGCUCUGUGGGGGGCCCGAGCCGGGCAAGUUUCGCGGGGACAUCACCAAGAAUUCCAAGUAUUUAUUUGCGAAAAAAACCAUGUUCAACCAGACAGAUGUCCACAUUCAAGUUCUGAAGGCCACUUGCCCUGAGAUGAGUGGGACUUUCACGGUGCAGUGGAUCUUGCGCUCCUCUCGCUGCUACAACGAGUUCGCCAACUUAAAGGACAUCAGCGGUGAGAUGUACAUGGUCGCCGAGGACAAGGAGGUCUUCCCAGACAGCCAGGCUUCCUACGUGAAGGGCAGCGCCACCAUCACCUGCAACAACUUCCACGUGCCAGCGGCGCCCGUGAAAACGUUACCCGUGAAGCUGGCAAACAAACAUAAAGAGGAAGAAAAGGAGAAAUCGCCCAGCGAUCGUCGCAAGAGAGAAGAUGCGCAGCCAAAGCCUGCCGUGGAGGCCGCCGCCCCUGACCCAGCCAAGGUCGGCGAUACGAAAGACCUGGCUCCGAAGACCGAGCCAGGAGCGGAGGCCGCUGCCCCUGACACAGCCCAGGUCGGCGAUAAACGAGACAUGGUCCCAAAGACAAACGUGGUGGCGAGGACGUGGAAGGAGAGUCCGUACCUCUUGAUUGUCAGCAUCAGCCCGGAUGACCACAACGGCGACAAGCAAAGCAAAGACUGGACAUUUGAUGUGGAGGUGGGCAUGAACGGACCACAUGGGUACAUCUCAGCCACAGAGUACCCACUCAAGAUUUUCUACAUGGCCAUGUGCGUGGUGUACACGCUGUACGCUGCGCUCUGGCUCGUCUGCUCCGCCUGCUACUGGAAGGAGCUGCUGAGGAUCCAGCUGUGGGUGGGCGGUGUCAUCUUCCUGGGGAUGCUCGAGAAGGCCAUGUUUGUCGGGGAGUUCCAGAACAUCGGCACCUACGGCACCUCGGUGCCGGGUGCGGUGAUGGUGGCCGAGUUGGUUUCGGUGCUGAAGCGCACGCUGGCGCGGAUGCUCGUGAUCAUCGUCAGCCUGGGCUACGGCAUCGUCAAGCCGCGCCUGGGCGCCAUGUUGCACCGCGUGGUCGGCGUGGGCAUGCUCUACCUCGUCUUCUGUUGCGUGGAGGCGAUGCUGCGCGCCAGCGAGGACCCCAGGAACUCGACAGUGCUGACAGCGGCGAUAGUGCUGGCGAUGAUCGAUACGUGCAUCGUAUGGUGGAUCUUCGUGAGUCUGGCACAGACGAUGCGGACGCUGAGGCUCAGGCGCAACCCCGUGAAGCUGUCGCUCUACCGCCACUUCACGAACACGCUCAUCUUCUCCGUCAUCGCGUCGGUUGUGUUCAUCGUCUGGUCGACAAGGAAGUUCCGCAUGGUCGACUGCCUCUCCGACUGGCGCGAGCUGUGGGUGGAGACAUCCUUCUGGAGCCUCCUCUUCUCCGUUAUCCUCCUCGUCAUCAUGUUCCUCUGGAGGCCGUCUGCCAACAACCAGAGGUACGCAUACUCCCCCCUCAUCGACGACGACGAUGAGGACAGCUUAGAUCAGAACGUGAUGACGGGAGAUGCAUACGGUACGAAAAUGAGAGGCACGCGGACGGAGAUGAAUGGGCAAGCCAGGUCCGGUGCCAGCCAGGAUGAAGACCUGACUUGGGUGGAGGAGAACAUCCCCUCUUCUGUAGCUGACCUAGCGCUCCCUGCGUUACUCGACUCGGACGAGGCGUUUGCUGACGGUGCUUACCCCAACAGCCUGUGUAGGCUACAUUGGGGAUCUUUGUCUUUGUCUCACGGUACCUUCAGCCGGAUCGAGGGGCAGUCGACCCAGUAAGCAAAACUAGGUGAGGUGCAGGGUCGGGCCUUGAUGAUAGUUCUCUCCUUGCCCAUAACUUACGCCGAUAACAAGGAGCGAUCCUGGCGUCGGCCGAAUGGGAGGUCGUGGUCGUUUGAAUGUUGAGGGCACGUAAGGCAACAUUGACGUUACAAACGACCUCGGCCAAUGUGGCCCAGCUCAACACGUGUUUGCGUGUGUGAUUCAACACCAGCGGUAUACCUGUUCACACACCGAUAACCCUCCCUCACCCCUUACCCUCCUAACUGCAUGGUUUGCAUGCCGUAACUCAGCUUAACCUUUCAUUUCUGCUUGUGUAGAGGUCCACAUUAUAAUCCAACUGUCCGAGCUGUAGUACGUGGUGUGUGUAGCUGUCAGUCCCAUGUAUAUUGUAAUGCGAGUUGCUGCUUACGGACCAUUGUUUGUCUUCAUUGGGUUUGUGUGCUUAUCCAUUUUCUCGCCCAUCUUAUUGCACCAUUCCCUGAUAAUUCGCUAACUUGAGUCUAAGAAUACUGGGUUAAUGGCAAUUCAUGUAUUUUUAUAAUUACUUCAGUUGGAGUGCCAUUACCCCGUGCCUCAGACUCCAGUUCUUGCGACCCACCAUAGUUUCUAAGUUUAGAAUGUACCUCCAUUCAAAUAUAUUUAGUUACAAGCGGCACGUGCCUGACGAUUGCGUGACGUAGACAGCACCGAUUAAAUAAGCACAUCGACAUCACAUGGGCACACAGACGCAAGAUGUGUGUGCACUCAUUACACAGUGCUUGCCACAAAUAACCACAAUACCGUGCUGAUCAAGCAGCAUAGACCAUCACGCAAACUCCAUCCUCGCAGAGGCUUUUGCCGAACAAUGAAAGACGGUUACCAUAUCGCGCUCUUGCAGAUGCGCUUCUGCGGCCGUCUGGAAUGCUAUUCCUUCCGAUAUCAGGAAACCACUGGAGCUAUGCUCUUUUAAAUCAUUCAGAUUGAAAACUAAUUUCUUUAGAACUCUGCUUUUAGUUUGUCCUUCCCCCGCACCUCUGAUUAACACGGGUGGCUACGCACGGUGCGAAAUAGUUCAACAUACAUAGAUGUCUUAAUUUGAAUCGGUGCUGUCGAUUUCACAUGGGGCUGUUCAGCAAUGAUGAGGUAUGUGGAGUAUGUAAGAACUUCAUAUGUAUUUGAAUGAAAACUGGUGAACAUGGUAAGAUGGACUGUGGUGGGUCAUAAGGACUAGAUUGUAAAACCCUGAAAUAUACAACCAAUUUGUCAGUUAUAUUCAGACAUCUCAAACUAGAAUUCGGAGCAUGGUGCAAAUUAAAAACUAUUUUUGGGCAUAUAACGAUGCAGCGAUUAAAAUCAAUUCCUACGCUCAAGUGUAGGAAUCAUGCGUGUUAAAAUCAAUGUUUAUCAAUACGCAUGUAUGUCAUCAAGUCACAAUGAGUGCUAGAUUCAACACAUUGUAUAUACGAAUCGAUUCUUGAUUAAAAGUACAAUACUAAAUUGUAACAAUUGAUAGAAUCGUGAGGGAUGCCAGUCGUUACAUGCCUAAUUAUCACUACAGUUAAGCAGCGAUAACAUUAUUUAAAUGCUUCAUUGUCUUGUUUCCCAACAGGAAAUUAUGACAACCAAGUUCGAGAUGUCCAAAAUAGACUGAAGUUGUGUCGAUGAAGACUUGAAGGUUCCCAAGUGAGCAGCUCCUGAAGAGAACGCUCCGUAGGUUUUUUUUCUGGUGUCUAUAGUUCGACGUGUUUUCGUGUUGUUCGGCACACUGUCCGUCGUUUCACUCCAAUUGCCGAAUUCACCUUCCCGAAGAUGCUGCCAGCAAGCAGAGUGAAACGUCGGCACUCGGUGCCGAGCAACACGAGGAUCGGCUGGAAAAACACGUAGGAGAGCUAUAAGAGUGAAGUACGUUGAAGGUGGUGGAAGUCGAGUGUCAGGCCUCAGGAUGAGGUUUGGGUCCAGCUUACACUGGUUGUUAAGCCACCCACAUCGGCUAGAAAUAACCUGUGUAUCUGAUGCUGUCUCAGUAAUCAGCCCAGUGUGGCCGGCUAGUCUGGGGAAAGAAAAUCGUUUUGUUAAUCGCUGCUCCUGUAAUCAAGUGCAAUUACUGUUGGUGGGCUUGUAGGAUUUGGGCGGUGCUUGCGCGGCUGUGUUUUUGACAGGGAAGUGUCACGAUUUCUUGAUUUUUAUAACCUCGUCACAGGCAGGAGCAGAAAGUUUCCUCCUACCGUUAAAGAAGUCACUUGAUGCAAUUUGGGGAAGGUUGGAAUUACAGAUUUUAUUUUAUCAUUUAAUUAUAACUUUGUUUCAAACAAUGAGGUGUAUAUAUUGCUAACGUCUUGAUGUGUUCUUUGACCUUCGGGUCACUCAAUAAAGCCACUGUUUUGCUAUUCUUG